UAUUUAUAAAUUGCUGAAUAUGCAUUUCUGUGGGAUCUGAAAAAAUAGCUCCGGGAGAUGGAUGCCUUUGCACAGAUAUCUGUAUGAGUAGAAACUAUUGCAAGGUACUUGUGCUAAAUCCUCCACUUCUGCAGGGCUUCAGUGGUGUCCUUAUAGAAGAUUCCUUUAAAUCCUGUCUAUGGUUAAAGACUGUAGAGCAUGGAUAUGAACUUUUGGAUUUUUUUUGCAGGUGCAGAUGUUUUAUUUUUAAGACCAUGUUCGUGUGUCUAUGUGUGUGUAUGUGUGUGUGUAUGUAUGUGUGUGUGUGUGUGUGUGUGUGUGUGUGUAUAACUUGUCAGGACUGGACUUUUUAUUACAAGGCACAUACGAAGAGUUAUCUGUUAGAUGAUAUUAAAGCUUUAAAAUAUGAUCUUUGGAGCUAAGGUCCCAGAACUCUCUGCACUUAUGCCCAGAGAGUCAAAGUUAGAGUGAAGUUUAAUUUGCUCUUCCGAAAAAGAACUCCUUGACAAUUCUUGCUGACCUCGCAUAUUCAUAUAAUUUAAACAAAUGCAUACUGUAUAUACGGAGAGGGAAAACUUUCUAGCAACUGCAUGUCUAAGUUUUCUCUUUUGAAGAGGACUAUCAUGGGCGAAGUUUGGACUUAGGGUUUCGUGUUGUAACACUCUGAUUUUAUACUCGGUGUUGUAAAGUCUCUUUAGGUAAAUUUGGCUGCUGUUGUUAAUGCCAACUUCUCUUUUCUAAUCACUGGCCCUAGUUCAAGUUUCCAUUCUCAGCAAAAUUAUAUCCUUCAAGACUUGUGUUUUUCCAAUUUGCAAGCACUUUUAAGCCGCUGUCACUGGCUUCUCGAUGCAAUUGCCUAAGAGCUCAAUUCAUAAAACGUCCCUGCACUUAGUACAGCAUUCAUUCGCUGCUUUCAAAUACUCCACCACUAGGACUUUUCUUAGUCAAGUAAAGAUGCACAUCAUGUCCCCCUCUCAUCUCUUCUAUCUGGGCCUGUGCUUGCUCACCUUCACCAGCUCCGCCACAGCUGGACCAGAGACUCUCUGUGGGGCUGAGUUGGUGGACGCUCUUCAGUUCGUGUGUGGAGACAGGGGUUUUUAUUUCAACAAGCCCACGGGGUAUGGCUCCAGCAGUCGGAGGGCACCUCAGACAGGCAUCGUGGAUGAGUGCUGCUUCCGGAGCUGUGAUCUGAGGCGGCUAGAGAUGUACUGUGCACCCCUCAAGCCUGCCAAGUCUGCCCGCUCAGUCCGUGCUCAGCGCCACACUGACAUGCCCAAGGCUCAGAAGUAUCAUCCCCCAUCUACCACCAAGAAAACGAAGUCUCAGAGGAGAAGGAAAGGAAGUACAUUUGAAGAACGCAAGUAGAGGGAGUGCGGGAAACAAGAACUACAGAAUGUAGGAAGACCAUCCUGAAUUGUGAAGAAUGACAUGCCACCGGCAGGAUCCUUUGCUCUGUAUGAGUUACCUGAUAAACACCAGAAGACCUACCAAAAAAUAAGUUUGAUGACAUUUCAAAAGAUGGGCAUUUCCCCCCAAUGAAAUACGCAAGUAAACAUUCCAACAUUGUCUUUAAGAGUGAUUGUUAAAAGCUUUGCACCUUGCAAAAAUGGUCCUGGAGUUGGUAGAUUGCUGUUGAUCCUUUAACAAUAAUGUUCUAUAGAGAAAAAAAGAAAUAUAUAUAUAUAUAUAUAUAUAUAUAUAUAUAUUUCUUAGUCCCUGCCUCUCAAGAGCCACAAAUGCAUGGGCGUUGUAUAGAUCCAGUUGCACUAAAUUUGUCUCUGAGUCUUGGCUGCUGGAGCCAUUCAUUCAGCAGCCUUGUCUAAGUGGUUUAUUAAUUUUUUUUUAUUUGCACUUCUUUCUACACAACACAGGCCGUUUGUUUUACAGUGUCUGAUAAUCUUGUUUGUCUAUCUUCACCCCCUCUCCCACCUCAUCAUCUUUAUAUUUGCCAAAUUUGGCCUUCUCAAGAGCAGUAACAAGCAGUCAAGUAGCACACCCAAAAGAUUUUAACCCAAAAGAUUCCAUCUGUGGCAUUUGUACCAAAUAUAAGUUGGAUGCAUUUAUUUUAGACACAAAGCUUUAUUUUUCCACAUCUUGCUAAAAAAAUGCAAGUAGUUGCAGUUUUGAGGCCAAUCAUUUUUAGGCAUAUGUUUUAAGCAUAGAAAGUCUCAAACUCUCAACACUUCUUUCAAAUGAUGAGUUAGUGUGCAACCUGAUUAGUAAUUUCUCUCUUUUUAUUUUUUCCAUAUAGAGCACUAUGUAAAUUUAGCAUAUCAAGAAUACAAGAUAUAUCACAAACAGUAUGUAAAACUCUGUUUUUUAGUACAAUGGUGCUAUUUUGUAGUUUGUUAUAUGAAAGAGUCUGGCCAAAACGGUAAAAGGUGAAAGCAAAACAAAAGAAGCCUGGAGCCAAAAAUGACACAAAGGGGAAGGGUACUAAAAAUCCAUCCAUUUGGGAAAGAAGGCAAAAUUCCUGCAAUUAUGCCUUCCAAGAGAAACUUAAGACACAAAGUCCGCUGAUGCAAAUUUGAUUGGUGAGUCUAGAGAGGAGUGGAAAACGCAGAAGGCUAGGAAUUCAAUGUCCUGGUUUCUAUUUCUCACUGAAGAAACAAACAUCUGCCGACUCUGUCUUGGACUCACCGCUGUGUGACUUUGGGCAAGUCACUUCACCUCUCUGUGCCUCAGUUUCCUCAUCUACAAAAUGGGGGCAAUAUGCCAUCUACCUACCUCACAGGGGUGGUAUGAGGAUUAAAAAGAUAAAGCUCCAGAUUUUCUCCUGGGUUGCUAUGAGGGCACACGGUCAGAGCCCUUGAGUUGCUGGGAUGCCAGGAAUUCUAUAAACAGCCCAUCCGCAAUAUAGCUAGACAAUUGAUUAGCCAAAUGCUCCUGACAUGCUCAUUCUUGUCAAUGAAGCUAUCCAAUGAACUAUCCAACUAUCUGGUUGUUAAAAGCUAACAGCUCCAUCUCCUUUAAAACACUUUUCAAAAUAACUUAGAAAUGUCUGAUUUACAUUUGAUCUGAAUUCUGCAUUUGGAUUUAUGAAUACAAAGUGAAAAGAGAGAAAGGAAAAGGGAAAAAAAAAGAUUUCCACCAGUGAAACAGCAACUACUCCAUCUGACUCUUCCGGGCAGUUACUAGUAAUGUGGUAAUACUUUUUGCGAUAUUAUAAAUGAUACUUUAUUCAUUUUGAACAAUAUAGUUAUUCUUUCUCUUUGGGCAAUCUAAAAAAAAUGGUUUCAAAUAUUUAAGAUUUCAAAUAUUUAAAUAAUAUCUAAUUUUUAAAAAUCACAAAAUUACUUUAAUAAAUUUGUGCUUCUCCUUAGCUGUAUUUACUUAUACAUAUAUAUUUUUUUAAUUUAUGUUAAAAUAUACUUGACUAGAGUUGCUAGUUGAGAGGCAAAAUUUUCCUUCAAAACUAGAAAUUUUCCUUCAUGUCUGCUUACAGAAGUGACCCCUGACCCGCUGUGGGUGCAUCUUAUCCAUUCAACUGAAAAUUGAUAUCAAGAAAAUCCAACAGAGAGGACAGGCCCAUGGUGGCCUAGAAAAUGUUUCCCAUCUACUUAUCAAGAUUUUCUUAUUAGAACAAUGAAUCAUCCAUCAUUUAGAUCUUUUUAUCUGCCUUCAAACUUUUUGGUGAAAAGCAACCAGGCUUGAUUACUUCAUGCAAAUUGUAUCCCUUUUAUUCUUAGAAAGUGUACAUAGAAAACAAAAAUAACAUCUUUAGUUUUCAUCCCACUGGUUCACCUCAGGGUUGAGAGACCAGAAAAAGUCUGACUUCCUGGAUCUUCAAACAUACCCAAAAGAAGGCCUAUAGAGCAGGUACCCCUGCUCAGCCAAAAAGUGUUUAAACCCUCAGACCCUCAGCAUUAUUUGAAUUGAGCACCUCUGUCAUGCUGAGCAAUGUUCUGAUCACUACAGACAAAUGUAAAAGAAACUGUAACUCAUUUUUGCCCUUCAUCUAUUUUCCAGACAGAUGUGUUCUAUGGAAUUAGGUGCUUGACCCCUCUUCCCAAAAUGGCACUUCUGGUUUUUAUUUCAUGUUCUUUAUGUAUACCUUCUAAAAUUACUGUUUCCCAGCAAAACUUUACCUGUAAUCCUCUGCAGACCUAUGAGUUUCCAGACACAGUUGAAUAUGGUAAUUCUAAGAGUGUCUAUGACUUAUUUGAUUCACUUAAUAAUUCUAUUCACAGCCAAAAAUAUCCCAGUGAGGAAAGCUUAAAUGUGCAAAGUCAUAUUGUCUUUCUUAAUUUUUCCAACAUAUAAUCCUCUCCUUUAUAUCAUAAAUCAAUGAAUUAAAAAUUAACUAACUAUACUAACUCAACUAUCUUAUUUUAAAAUGAAAUAAAACUAGACGACAAAUCAAUGUAAAACUUCAAAAGUCAGUUGAUGCCAUACUCUACAGCAGAAUGAUACAGGAUUGAUAGAAAGGAGCACCUGAAAUUUCACAAGUCAAAACUUUUAUAAGCUUUACUUUUGAUUUCUCAAAUGAGGCAAUUUCAAAAUGUUUAUGAAAAAGCUGUCAAUACUGGUAAUAACAGACUUAGUUCUAGUUUAACUGACAAUACUGAAUUACCUACAUCAAAUCUCUGUUCCCAAUUCCCCAAAUAAUAGAACAGUAUCUUUUGAAGACUUUAAGAUGAGGAGGCUCCACUGAAAAAGUUAAUGUAUCUUUACAUCAGAAUCUACUCUUCUAGAGAUAAGAGAAAAAUUUGCAAUACCCACUCCUCCAUACACACAUGCAUGUGCAUGUAUGUAUACACACACACACACACACACACACGCUCAUCCUAAGAGUCCAAUGGAAUACUCAGAAGAAAUCACUUCCUUGGAAAAUCUUAUUGAAAAAAAAAAAAAAAAAAGCCUGGCCUCCCUUGAGAAUCCAUCCCCUCCUUGGAAUGUCAAUGUUUAUGUAGAUGAAACCAUCUCAUGCACUGUGGCUCCAGGGUUUCUGUUACUAGUUUAUGCACUUGGGAGACUGCUUGAAUGGAAGAUGUAGCACAUUUUGCUUUCCCAUUUAUUGUUUGGCCAGCUAUGCCAAUGUGGUGCUAUUGUUUCUUUAAGAAAGUACUUGACUAAAAAAAAAAAAAAAAAAAAAGAGAAAAAAAAGAAAAAAAGAAAGCAUAGACAUAUUUUUUUAAAGUAUGAAAACAACAAUUCUAUAGAUAGAUGGCUUAAUAAAAUAGCAUUAGAUCUAGUCACCACCUCCUUUCAACUUUUUAUCACUCACAAGUAGCGUACUGUUCACCAAAUUGUGAGUUUGGGGGUGUGGAGGCAGAAGAUGGCAUUUUUCUUAGUUAGAAACCUCCAUUAUUCUGCUGGCUCUCAAACUCAGAAAAAUUAGCAAUAUAUUAUCCAAUCUAAAUACCUUAAUCAAGAGCAUAGAGUAUAAAUAGAGGGCGGGGAGGACCUUACAGGCAACUGGCAGAACAAAAGAUGAUAAAGUUACUUAUUGAUUUUUGUGCUCUCUGCUCUAAAAACGGAUAUUCAGCAAGUGGAGAAAAUAAAAACAAAGAGGAAAAAAAUGCAUAGAUUAAAUCUGCUAAAAAUAGCUUCUGCCAUAUCCCCCUUAAGUCAUUCUUUGGCAUUUACUGGUUUAUAGAAGAUACUCUCCCUUCAUCUAAACAUCUCAAAGAGCAGUAGCUCUCAUAAAAAGCAAUCACUGAUCUCAUUGGGAAGUGUUGGAAAGUAUUUCCUCAUGAGAUGGGGGUUAUCUACUGAUAAGGAAAGAGAAGAAUUUAUGAGAAAUCGUUGAAAGAGAUGGCUAACAAUCUGUGAAGAUUUUUUUGUUUUGGGGUUUUUUGUUUUGUUUUGUUUUUUACUUUAUACAGUCUUUAUGAAUAUCUUAAUGUUCAAAAAUGACUUGGUUCUUCUUUUCUUUUUUUAUAUUGGAAUGAGGGAUGAUAAGUUAAACCCACAUAGACUCUUUAAAACUAUAGGCUAGAUAGAAGUGUAUGUUUGACUUGUUGAAACUAUAAUCAGACUAUUUAAAAUGUUUUUGCUAUUUUUAAUCUUAAAAGAGUAUACUAAUUUAUUAGAGACAGAUCCUGUUUGGCUCUUUUCAUAAGAAGGAGCAUUCCCACUCAAAUCACCUGUGCUUUCCCAACAAUAUUUUCAAAAGAUAAAUCUGAUUUUUUAAUACAAGAAUUCUUUAUGCCCCUUGCCUGCAAUGAUCAUGAAGUUCAGAAUAUGAGGGGGCAAAAACAAGAAGAAAAUUUAGUUGAUUCUUUGUUUUUGGUUUGUUUGUUUUCAAUGCUAGUGUUUAAUCUUAUAGUACAUAUUUGCUUAUUGCUAUUUUAAUAUUCUAAAAGACUUUCCUAUUAGGUAUUAGAAACUGAUACAUAGGUAUUUUGUGUGUGUGUGAUUUCUAUUUAAAAAAAAAGGAUAUGAGAAGACUGUCUGAAGCUUUAAGUGCAUAUGGUACAGGAUAAAGAUACCAACUGAAAUAACCAAGUCCUAUCUGGAACAAUACUUUUUUGGGGAAACCUCUCAUAGAUAAGACAGAGGCCCAGGGAGUUUUUGAAACUGUUUCUAUUCCUCCCAGUCAUUCAUUUACUAUCUCCCUCAAAAUUUUAUAAAGGGGUGACCAGGCUGAAACCCUGGAAUUAAAGGGACCUCUUUAAAAAUAAAUACUCCUCAUGUUCCCUCUUAAUUUAUGGUUACACAUUGAUCUUAAACAUGGUCCUUCUUUCUCCCCAUUCUUCAGCUGUCAUUAAUAAGGUCUUUGAAGGGAAAAAAAAUUUUUUUUCAUUUGAAAAUGGAGAACACAAAAGUCCAAAUGUUACUGCCCAAUUGAAAUGUGAUUUAAGAUGGAGAUAGUUUCUCCUACUUAGUCCUUGCUGAAUCACCUGUCACCUUCAAAAUGAUCUUUCAUAAGACUUAGAAUCUGCCCUUUUUUUUAAUUGCCCAGGCCUACUGUAGCCUAAAAGUAAACAUUAUAUUAAUUUUCUUUUACCCAAACUACACUGAUGUAAAAGUAGGAAAAAUAAAAACAAAACUCAAAAUCCCUUCCAAGCCACCCACUGGCCCCCUUUACCUACCCAGUGCAAAGUCACUUCUGUGAAUCUCUUAAUCUGAUUUUGUUUGGAUAUUUAUCUUGUACCUGCUGCUAAACACACUGCAGGAGGGAGUCUGCAACCUCAAACUGUCUACUCACAUCUCUUAUCUGUGUCUGUGUAUCAUUAAAAUGUCUAUUCAAAAUAUUAAAAACUUUCAAACACCAUGCAGCUUGUAUGCAGUUUACAUAAAGGCCCCAAGUACCAUGUCAGAUCUCUUGUUACUAAGAGAGUUAAUGAACUAUGAGAACUGGGAUUAUAUCAUGUGUUUUGAUUCAUAUGUUUGUUUGUUUUUUCACACCUACAAACCAGGUGUGAUAAAGACACUUACAGACACUGAAUUUUUCCCUGCUACUUUGGAACAAGAAAAUAAUGAUUGGUCAUUCAUUAUAUCUGUCUUAGUUCAAAGGCAUUUUUUAUUAAAUUAAUUCUGAUUGCAUUUGAAAUCAUUAUUCACUUAUGGCAGAGGAUAUCAAUCCUAAUGACUUCUAAAACUGUAACUAACUGAAUCGUUACCUUACAUUUACUGUUAAGUAACCAUAUUUGGAAAAAUGUAUGGCUAGAGCGUCAUAAUAAAAUGAUAUAUCUUUCUUUAGUAAUUACAUUAAAAUGAAUCAUGUUUGAUUAAUUAGUUCUUUUGGACAAUGUUGGUGUAAUGUGUCAUUCCUUAAGAAUUCUAUUGUUAUGUAGCAUUUUUAUUAAUUAAAUCACUGCAACAAAUAAACAAAAAAAUUUACCCAGAAAAAUAAAACUAAUCAUAUACCAGGAUGGAGAUAUCUUAUAGAAUUUACAGAUUAUAUUUAACAAUAAAUGUUUCAAAGAACUUGUACAAACUAUGUAAAAGAUGUAUGAAUUGUACAAUAUAUGCAUUAACAAUAAAGCAGGUUUAAGUAACUGA